AUGAAAACUUGUUUAGCCAUCGAACCUUUGUCUGAGAACCGGCACCAAGAAUUUAUCCAAUUCAUUUAUCGUGAAUUCUUUCCUCGUGAACCGUUAGCUUUAGCUUCCGGUCUGGCAGGCAAAACUAAUCCGAAAACAAUCGAAACAUUUAUAGAAUGGAUGAAACAAGGCGUUUCCCUAGUCGUUAUUGAUUCGCAAUCCAAUCAGAUAGUGGCGGGUGCUUUGACCUGUUUCUUGAAUAAAUCAGAAGUCCUAUUCGACAACGACUACAGUUGCAUGGAGGAAGAAGAUUCAUCUAUCUGGAGAUUUCUCGAUUACCUUGAAACUGGCUACGAUGUUUUCCAGCAAUUUCAAGCCGAUCGUGGAAUGGAAUUGGUGUUCCUUUGCGUCCACCAGGCGUACACUGGCCAAGGGUUGGCGCGGCGAUUAACGGAAGAAACCAUUGCGACGGCCCGUCGGCUUGAAAUACCAUUCAUCAAAAGCAAUCCGUCCACUCCUGUCACUUGCCAUCUUUUUGAAUCCCUCGGCUUUGAGACGAUCAACGAGAUGAAGUUGGUCGAUUAUCAAGUGGAGGGCAAAUCCGUUUUCCGGAACGCCAAAUCAGACGAUAUAACUCGACUCUGCAUCAAGAAAAUCUAGAAAUAUGAUAUUUGCGUUCAAAUUGAAAUUUUUUCACUUCCAAAAUUUCCCAAUCGUUAUUGCCAAACACGCUUCUGAAAAUCGCACGUACUAGUUGCCAAUUAAAGCUGCUUGUAAAAACAAGGACGCGUGCAGCGGCACAGGACCUAACAUUGCCAAAUGAAUAGAAACAAGGAAAAUUAUAGCUGCACUAUCUCGCCCAGAUAAUUAAAAUGUGGCCAAAUACAUCCAAAAGGAAUUUCCGCUUG